AUGGCAAAAAUAUCCAGCCCUACGGAGACCGAGCGGUGCAUCGAGUCUCUGAUUGCUGUUUUCCGGAGGUGUGCCGGAAAGGACGCUAACAGCUCUACGCUUUCCAAGACUGAGUUCCUAACCUUCAUGAAUACAGAACUGACUGCCUUCACAAAGAACCAGAAGGACCCCGGUGUCCUUGACCGCAUGAUGAAGAAAUUGGACAUGAACAGUGAUAGACAGCUAGAUUUCCAAGAAUUUUUUAAUCUUAGAAAUUAA